AGAGUCUGAAGCGGACGACUGGAUGGAGACGGAAGACUGCAAAGUGGAAGUUCAAAUGCGCACUUGUCGUCCGCACACGUCUUCGUCCUAAUUGUGUCUCGUUGCAAACCAAGAAGCGAGAGGAGCAAACUCACAAAUCACUGGACGGCAACAACAUAAGUUUUGAUUGAAGUCACUUGGAAGAUUUUCACGGCUCUUUCUGUGAAGUCCACUGGGCCCUCUUGUGAAUUUCUACCCACCUGAAGGACAGAGAGAAAGCCAGAAGCUAAAGGGAUUUCCCCACAAGCACAGAAGAAAGGCUAACAUACUCCCUUUGUUUUUGUUCAAGCCGUCUAGAAAACUCUUUGCAGUUUCAUUCUCAGCUCUUUCUGCACUAUUGAGGUCUUGCACGUAGCAACCACAUUCCACUGCAGGAACACUGAAAGAGCAAAGAAGAGAAGAGUAAGGCUCAACAAGAGUGACCUGGGAAAAUUAGUGAAGUUGUGUCCUAGCUGGAAGUUGCGAGAAGAGAUGCUUGAAGAUGACUGUUGUCUGAAGAAUAUUGCGGCUGUCCUUUAAGAUUUUAGUGUUUUUUUGUGAGCUUACCACUGUUUAUAGUCAAAGGGCUACCGUUGGAUGCAAAUUUAGCCUUUCAAAAUGAGCGUGCGAGGGGGCUUUGGCUGGUGCUGUUGGCUGGGUCUGGUUGCUUGUUGUUUCUUCAUCUCCUGGGCAGCAAAACCCAGAAUGCCUGGCCACACACACCUCAACUCAAUACGCAUUGAUGGGGACAUAUCUCUGGGUGGGCUUUUCCCAGUGCAUGCAAGAGGAAAUGAUGGCAAAGCCUGUGGUGAGCUAAAAAAGGAGAAGGGGAUCCACAGGUUGGAGGCCAUGUUGUUCGCUUUGGACCGCAUCAAUAAUGACAAUGACCUGCUGCCUAACAUCACUUUGGGCGCUCGCAUCCUGGACACCUGCUCCCGAGACACUCAUGCUCUGGAGCAGUCGUUGACGUUUGUACAGGCGCUGAUUGAGAAGGACUCAACUGAUGUCAAGUGUCUCAGCGGAGGGCCGCCCAUCAUCACAAAGCCAGAGCGAGUGGUCGGUGUGAUCGGCGCAUCUGCUAGCUCUGUGUCAAUCAUGGUGGCCAACAUACUCCGUCUCUUCAAGAUCCCUCAGGUGAGCUACGCCUCCACAGCUCCAGAGCUGAGUGACAACACACGUUACGACUUCUUCUCUCGGGUGGUGCCGCCUGACACCUAUCAGGCUCAGGCCAUGGUGGACAUCGUCAAAGCCUUGCGCUGGAACUAUGUCUCCACUGUGGCAUCCGAGGGAAACUACGGGGAAAGUGGUGUGGAUGCAUUCAUUCAAAAGUCUCGAGAGAACAGUGGCCUGUGCAUUUCUCAGUCUGUGAAAAUUCCACGUGAACCAAAAGCUGGGGAGUUUGACAAGAUCAUUCGUAGGCUGAGUGAGAACCCCAACGCCCGGGUGGUCAUUAUAUUUGCCAAUGAAGAUGACAUCAGGCGGCUGCUCCAGGCAGCAAAGAAGGCCAAUCAAACAGGCCAUUUUAUCUGGGUAGGUUCAGACAGCUGGGGGUCCAAAAUCUCCCCGAUACUGAACCAGGAAGAGAUGGCUGAAGGUGCUGUAACCAUCCUGCCGAAACGACAAUCCAUCAAAGGGUUUGACCGUUACUUCAUCAGCCGAACACUGGAGAACAACAGGCGAAACAUUUGGUUUGCAGAGUUCUGGGAGAACAACUUCCAGUGCAAACUUAGUCGGCAUGCUGUGAAGAAAGGCUCUGGGUUCAAAAAGUGCACAAAUCACGAGAGGAUUGGUAAAGAUUCUUCCUAUGAACAGGAGGGAAAGGUCCAGUUUGUGAUUGAUGCGGUGUACGCCAUGGCUCAAGCUCUGCACAACAUGCACAAAUAUCUCUGCCCGGGGAAAGUUGGCCUCUGCUCCAAGAUGGAUACCAUCAAUGGCACCUUGCUGCUCAAAUACAUCCGAAAUGUCAAUUUCUCAGGAAUCGCUGGCACACCUGUGGUCUUCAACAUAAACGGAGAUGCUCCUGGUCGCUAUGAAAUCUACCAAUACCAGAUAAAAAAUAACACCACCGAGUAUAAAAUCAUUGGCCACUGGACCGACCACCUGCACAUAGAUACAGAUGAGAUGCAGUGGCCAGGUGAAACACAAGAAGUGCCCUCCUCCAUUUGCAGCCAACCCUGCCGAGCUGGCCAGCGUAAGAAGACAGUGAAAGGAAUUCCCUGUUGUUGGCACUGCGAGAAUUGUGACGGCUACCAGUAUCAGGCAGACACUUACACUUGCAAGAUGUGUCGCUUCGACUUGCGGCCCAAUGACAACCACACCGGUUGCAUUCCCAUUCCCAUUGUCAAACUGGAGUGGAGCUCCCCGUGGGCUGUCAUCCCCGUCCUCAUCGCAGUCCUGGGCAUCGUGGCGACCAUGUUUGUGGUCGUCACCUUUGUGCGCUACAAUGACACACCCAUUGUUAAGGCCUUAGGUCGAGAACUGAGCUAUGUGCUGCUGACUGGUAUCUUCUUGUGCUAUGCCACAACAUUCCUCAUGAUCUCCUCCCCUGAUGUUUUUAUAUGUUCACUGCGCAGGAUCUUCCUUGGCCUGGGUAUGAGUAUCAGCUAUGCAGCCCUGCUCACUAAGACUAAUCGUAUAUAUAGGAUUUUUGAGCAAGGCAAGAUGUCAGUCAGUGCCCCUCGCUUCAUCUCCCCGGCCUCACAGUUAGUCAUCACAUUCAGCCUGAUUUCAGUGCAACUCCUCGGGGUGUGUAUCUGGUUUGGUGUUGACCCGUCACAAGCCAUCAUCGACUACGAAGACCAGCGUACAGCUAAUCCUGAUAUGGCCCGCGGAGUUUUGAAGUGCGACAUAUCGGAUCUUUCCCUCAUCUGCCUGUUGGGAUACAGCAUGCUCCUGAUGGUCACCUGCACAGUUUACGCCAUCAAGACGAGAGGGGUACCGGAGACGUUUAAUGAAGCCAAACCUAUUGGAUUUACCAUGUACACUACUUGCAUCGUAUGGCUUGCCUUCAUCCCCAUCUUCUUUGGGACUUCACAAUCAGCAGAAAAGAUGUACAUCCAGACCACAACCUUGACCAUCUCUGUCAGCCUCAGUGCAUCCGUCUCUCUGGGAAUGCUCUACAUGCCCAAGGUCUACGUGGUUCUCGUUCAUCCAGAGCAGAACGUUCCAAAGCGCAAGCGCAGCCUGAAGGCUGUGGUCACUGCAGCCACCAUGUCGAACAAGUUCAACACAAAAGGUGGUCUGAGGCCAAACGGGGAGGCCAAGUCAGAACUCUGUGAAAGUCUGGAAACACAAGCGCUGGCCUCCAAGCAGACGUAUAUAAGCUACAGUAACCAUGCCAUCUAAGAAGGAGCCGUGUGUGGGCCUUUGGAAAGAUGCUGGAAGAGCUUCUGGGGCAGAGAGGAUAGAUGGGAUAUAAAGGAUCUCAAAAUGUUUUAGAUAAAUGCCACUAUUAUCAGAAAUGAGUCAAAUGCAAGCAAUUGACGAUGAAAAGAUUGGACCAUUCAUUUCCCCCUUCCCUGAGUCACAUAAUGUUAGGUUGUGAUGUUUCCAGGCGCAGGAUGAAUGAACCACCUGAAACCAACAGUCAGUUUUCCUUCAGAAGUCGAUAGCACAUAUUUCAGGCAUCUCCUGGGCUGAGUCAUUAGACUCAUUCCAAGAAAGAAAGCUAGGUGGUGGGAGAUCGGAGUUUGUCUGUUUGUGCAGGUGAACUGUUGGUAAAUGGUUCUGGAGUUGCUACUCAUCAAACUGUACAUGCCUUAUAAGAGUUCAUCGAGUACUGCAACAUGAACUAACCAUAUCUGGCAACAAACAAAAAAGCACUAAGUCAUUCUGAUUCAUUUUUGUUUUAUAUUCGUGUUUCAUAUUAUCUCAACAUCGCCACCAUUUUUGGCAAACAUAGUGUACAGUCCCAAAGCAUGCUUGUGGGUGCAUCACAUGUACUGUGCUGUGUUGUCAAUGGAAUGCGACGUGUCAUGAGUGUCAUUAACAGUGGAGACCAUUAGCCACCCUCUGGCAUAUAAACUGAACAAGGAGCCCAACAAAACACAAAUUGCUAGUAUGUUUUUUGGUUUUUUUAAUAGUAGCCUACAUAUUUGGUAUCCCAAACAGGAUGUUAGAAACUGUUACUGAUAUCUAAGUGAUAUUUAGGCUAUUCAUGUACUUUAGUAGCCUUUGGAUGAAAACAUAUAUUUACAGGUUGCCAUUGUGCAGUUUGAGAAGUAACAGCCACUGUCAUUUUAUGCUCUUGACCAUUUAUCUUCCAUGGUCCAUUCACGGUGUUGUACGCGUUACUUAAUGUCUGAGUGCAUUCUGUUCAAACACUAGGAAGAGCUCAGUGUACAAAAUCUAAAUGUGUGAACUCCAUUUCUGUCUUCAGUCGCUCCUUCAGUAUUCCUCGUAAAAAGAGCAACUCUGGAAUUUGUCACAAUAAAUCUUAUCCUCAGCAGUGCAGAAUAUGUAUGUUGCAUGUCAAAAAAUGUAAAUCGUGAACAAUUUGAUAUUCAGGUCUGAUGUCCAGGAGGAAAACAAAUAAUUAUAGAUCACCAAUAGAUUUGGUUUAAUCAAAGAUUCUUGCAGCUUUCAGCUUGAACAAAGGUUCUAAGAUAUUGCUUUUUUUUUUUUAAUCAUUUGGAUAAAGUAUUGUUUGUGGGAAAUGUGUUUGUGUAUAUGAAUACA